AGUGCUGCUUUUGCUGCAUCCCAUUUUCAUGUUCGUUCGUCUUGUUUCAAGAUACUUUCUAAUUGCACCUUUGAUUUCUUCUUUGAUGCGUUGGUUGUUCAAGUGUGUAACAUAAUUUCUAAAUUUUUAAGUUUUCCUUCUAAUACAAAUUUCUAGUUUUAUUCCACUGUAGUUGGAGAAAAUACUUGGUAUGAUUUUCUUAAAUACAUUAAGACUUGUUCUGUGCUCUAUCCUGGAGAAUGUUCCAUGCAUACUUAAAAAAAAUGUGUUGAGCUGGGUUGAAUGUUAUGUAAGGUUUCUACAUGAAAAAAGAAAAAGCACCCUGCUGAUAGUUUUAUAGGGCUUCUCUUGUAUAUCGUGGGUUGCUUUUAUUUUGCUGCCUUCAACAUUCAUUGUCUUUGACUUUUGACAUUUGAUUAUAAUUAGUCUUGGUGUGGAUUUCUUUAUGCUAAUUGUGUUUAGAAUUUUUCAACCUUCCUGGAUCUGACUGCCCAUUUUUUCCCUGCUAGAUUUGGGAGUUUUUAGCCAUUAUUUCUUUGAAAAAACUUUCUGGUUCUUCCUCUUUUUCUUCUCCUGAAAAUCUCAUCAUGGGUAUAUUAGUCCACUUGUUGGUGUCUCAAAGUUCUCUUAAUGUUUCAUCACUCCUUUUGUUCUUUUUUCUUUUUGCUCCUUUGCCUGAAUGGUUUUAAGAGGCCAGUCCGAGUUUGCCUGUCUUGGUUGAAAUUUUCAGUUUAUUCAUGCAUUGUUCUCAUCACCUCAAUGAGUGUCUUUAUGACAAUUAUUUUGAAAUGUCUGUUAGGAAAAUUGUAUCACUGCUUCAUUCAGGUCAAUUUCUGAUUUAUCUUGUUUCUUUGUUUUGAACGUAUUUCCCCAUUUCUUCAUUUUCCUUUGCUCUUUGUGUUGGCAUUUGCACAUUGGACAAAACAGCCACCUUUCUAGGUUUUCAUAGAUAGGAGAAACCCUCACCAGUUGGCCUGAUCAGGGAUUCUGGAGGCCCCUUAAACCUUCAUGCUAGUCCAACCUUGUUUCUUUGUUCUUAGGGGCCUCAAGUGUCUAGAGUACAUUGGUCCCAUUCGUGCUCCAAGAUAAGUGAAACUGAAGCCAACUCCUUCGGCAGUCACCAGAGACUUUGAAUCACUAGACGUCUUGUCCAAUUCUUUCCCCAGAGAUAAGUUGGGAUCUGGAUUUUGUUUUGUUUUGUUGUUUUUGUUUUUUGCUUUUUUCCCCAUUUGUGCCACACCAGAGAGAGGGGCUGUGGUGACUAACAUGCUACAUCAAACCACUGUGUUUUUUCUUACUGGCCUCCCAGGUGACUAGGGUAUACUGGAUUCCAUUAGUGCUUCAAUACAAGCAAAACAGAAAAAGCCAGUCCUUUGGGCAGUCCCUGGAAAAGUUGGGGCAUUGGACACUUAGUGCAACUCUUUUCCUCCCCUGGGAGAAGCUGGGAGUUGGGGUUAUUGCCUGAUUUAUCAGGAGAAGCUGUGGUGAGUGCCUGCGUGCUAGUUCAAAGCUCCUCUUUGUUCUCUGUAGCACCCAGAGGACUAAUACAUGUUGGGUCUCAGAUCUUCUAGCCAAUUUCUCAGAUACCACUUGGAAAAACUGGAGUGUUUGAUGUGUGGUCCAAUUUUUUCCCUCCUUGGGGAGAAGCUAAAAGUUGAGAGUUCUCUUCUGAUCAUAUAGCACUGUUCUGGGAUGAGUAUUAUGUCAGAGAAAUGGUUCUGCUUUUCCUACUGGUUUCAAUGUAACUGGUUUUAUACUUGCCUGGUAAGCAGGAGCCUCUCAAGUAGUUUCUGGGUUUCUCACAGAUGGAAUUGGUUUAUGUGUGGCUACUGAAUGAUUGUGUCUGCUGUGGGAAGUCUUCCAAGAUUUCCUAUUCUGUCAUCUUGCUAACAUCAUUCCUCUCUGCUCUCUUUUGACCAUUCUUCUUUAUGUGCCAAGGGCUUGAAGGCAUAUCAGCAACUUUGGGAAGACUGAAGCCCCUGCAGAAUUUAUUAUUCUCUAUUUUUUUGAGUGCUAGAAAUGAUACAGGCCAAUAUUAUGGCUAAUCUAAGAAGUUAUUCUACUAAAUUAGAUAUAAAAUGAAAGUACUUAUUUUCAGCUUUUUUUUUUUUUAGACAGAGUCUCACUCUGUUGCUCAGGCUGGAGUACAGCGGCAUGAUCUCUGCACAUCGCAGCCUCUGCCUCCUGAGUUCAAGCGAUUCGCCUGCCUCAGCCUCCCGAGUAGCUGGGAUUACAGGCAUGUGCCACCGUGCCCAGCUCAUUUGUUGUAUUUUAGGAGAGACAAAGUUUCACCAUGUUGGCCAGGCUGAUCUUGAACUCCUGACCUCAGAUGAUGCCGGCCUUGGCUUCCCAAUGUGCUGGGAUUGCGGAAAAACGUGUGGAAUUCAUUCAAAAUACAUGAGAGCUGUGUAUCCUACCAAAACCUUCCCAAAUCAUUACACCAUUGUCACGGGCUUGUAUCCGGAAUCACAUGGCAUCAUUGACAAUAAUAUGUAUGAUGUAAAUCUCAACAAGAAUUUUUCACUUUCUUCAAAGGAGCAAAAUAAUCCAGCCUGGUGGCAAGGGCAACCAAUGUGGCUGACAGCAAUCUAUCAAGGUUUAAAAGCUGCUACCUACUUUUGGCCCGGAUCAGAAGUGGCUAUAAGUGGCUCCUUUCCUUCCAUAUACCUGCCUUACAAUGGAAGUGUUCCAUAUGAAAAGAGGAUUUCUACAUUGUUAAAAUGGCUGGACCUGCCCAAAGCUGAAAGACCCAGUUUUUAUACCAUGUAUUUUGAAGAACCUGAUUCUUCUGGACAUGCAGGUGGACCAGUCAGUGCCAGAGUAAUUAAAGCCUUACAGUUAGUAGAUGGUGCUUUCGGGAUGUUGAUGGAAGGCCUGAAGCAGCGGAACUUGCACAACUGUGUCAAUAUAAUCCUUUUGGCUGACCACGGAAUGGACCAAACUUAUUGUAACCAGAUGGAAUACAUGACUGAUUAUUUUCCAAGAAUAAACUUCUUCUACAUGUACGAAGGGCCGGCCCCCCGCAUCCGGGCUCGUAAUAUACCUCAUGACUUUUUUAGUUUUAAUUCUGAAGAAAUUGUUAGAAACCUCAGUUGCCAAAAACCAGAUCAGCAUUUCAAACCCUAUUUGACUCCUGAUUUGCCAAAGCGACUACACUAUGCCAAAAAUGUCAGAAUAGACAAAGUUCAUCUCUUUGUGGAUCGACAGUGGCUGGCUGUGAGGAGUAAAUCAAGCACAUAUUGUGGAGGAGGCAACCAUGGUUAUAACAAUGAGUUUAAGAGCAUGGAGGCUAUCUUUCUGGCACAUGGACCCAGUUUUAAAGAGAAGACUGAAGUUGAACCAUUUGAAAAUAUUGAAGUCUAUAACCUAAUGUGUGAUCUUCUACGCAUUCAACCAGCACCAAACAAUGGAACCCAUGGUAGUUUAAACCAUCUUCUGAAGGUGCCUUUUUAUGAGCCAUCGCAUGCAGAGGAGGUGUCAAAAUUUUCUGUUUGUGGCUUUACUAAUCCAGAGCCCACAGAUUCUUUGGACUGUUUAUGCCCUCACCUACAAAAUAGUACUCAGCUUGAACAAGUGAAUCAUAUGCUAAAUCUCACCCAAGAAGAAUUAACAGCAACAGUGAAAGUAAAUUUGCCAUUUGGGAGGCCUAGGGUACUGCAGAAGAACAUGGACCACUGUCUCCUUUACCACAGGGAAUAUGUCAGUGGAUUUGGAAAAGCUAUGAGGAUGCCCAUGUGGAGUUCAUACACAGUCCCCCAGUUGGGAGACACAUCGCCUCUUCCUCCCACUGUCCCAGACUGUCUGCGGGCUGAUGUCAGGGUUCCUCCUUAUGAGAGCCAAAAAUGUUCCUUCUAUUUAGCAGACAAGAAUAUCACCCACGGCUUCCUCUAUCCUCCUGCCAUCAAUAGAACUUCUGAUAGCCAAUAUGAUGCUUUAAUUACAAGUAAUUUGGUCCCUAUGUAUGAAGAAUUCAAAAAAAUGUGGGACUACUUCCACAGUGUUCUUCUUAUAAAACAUGCCACAGAAAGAAAUGGAGUAAAUGUGGUUAGUGGACCAAUAUUUGAUUAUAAUUAUGAUGGCCGUUUUGAUGCUCCAGGUGAAAUUACAGAACAUGUAGCCAACACUGAUGUUCCCAUCCCAACGCACUACUUUGUGGUGCUGACCAGUUGUAAAAACAAGAGCCACACACCGGAAAACUGCCCUGGGUGGCUGGACGUCCUUCCCUUUAUCAUCCCUCACCGACCUACCAACGUGGAGAGCUGUCCUGCAGGUACACCAGAAGCUUUUUGGGUUGAAGAAAGAUUUAAAACACACAUUGCCCGGGUCCGCGAUGUAGAACUUCUUACUGGGCUUGAUUUUUAUCAGGAAAAAGUACAGCCUGUCGCUGAAAUUUUGCAACUAAAGACAUAUUUACCAACAUUUGAAACCAUUAUUUAAUUUAAUAGUGUCUACUUAACGUAUAACUUACUGUACAAAGUAAUUUUGGCAAAACGUAAAUGACUUUUUCUGGAGAAUUAUAAAAUAAAGUUUUCUACUUUUCCUUAA